GCGAGAGCUACGUGUGUGGCUCCAUCGAGGUCUUCAAGAAGCUCGACUACACCAAGAACGUCAACCCCAACUGGUCUGUGAAUGUCAAAGCUUCGUCCGCGGCGGCCGCCCGCGGGCCUCUAUCCCUGGGCAGCUCCAAGGCCGGACCUCCAGACACCCGGGACCAGGGGGUGAAGGAUUUCAUCCGGCCCAGGCUGGUGACGGUGGUACGGAGCGGGGUGAAACCCAGGAAGGCUGUACGGAUUCUGCUCAAUAAGAAGACGGCCCAUUCAUACGAACAGGUCCUCACCGACAUCACGGAGGCCGUCAAACUGGACUCUGGAGUGGUGAAGAGGAUCUAUACACUGGAUGGAAAACAGGUGAGCGAUGGGGAGAAAGAGAGAAUG